AUGAAACUCUUUUCUGGGAUUGUGGAUUCAAAGGAGUACUUAAACGGACCACCAUUCGAGCUAAACAAUGGCAAUUCAAUCCCACAAUAUAUUUUGGGCAAAUCCUAUUACACCGUUUUACCUUGGCUUUUGACGCCCUUCAAUGAGAAGAAUGGGGAGUUGAGUUCUGUUGAAUUGGCAUUUAAUGAGGUGCAUGGUAAAGGUAUGGAGUUGGUUGCAACGGCAAUUGCGAAGGUGAAGAAAAGGUGGAAAGCUGUGGGCAAGAAAUGGAAAGAACAAUGUAUUGAGGCUUUUCCAUUUGUUAUUGUUUUUUGUUGUUUGCUUUACAAUUUUCUCAUCGAGUGCAGUGAAGUACUGCCAGAUGAAAAUGUGGAGCUUCGAGGGAAUAUAGAGCUUCCCGAUUUUGAUGGAGAGGAUGAUGAGAGUGCGAAGAGGACACGAGAUGCCCUUGCUUCACACUGGAGUCGAUUGAGUCAAACAGUAUGA